AAUGACGGGAAAUAAAGUACAAGUUCCUCCUCCAGUGCUUCUUAUAAAAGGUGGACAAUAUCAAACUGGGGUCAUCACUCCAGAACAAACAUGGAGAUUCUCGUUCUGCUCAUCUCCUUGGGCCUCACAGGAGUGUCCUCCCUGGAGCAGGACAAGCUGUGCACGCCUCACUCCAGACCCUGGCAGGUGUCUCUGAGCAAUCGGCGGACGAGUUGCAGCGGCGCUCUGAUCAAUGAGUGGUGGCUGGUGACGUCUGCCGCCUGCACAUCCACAUCCAACAACGUCAUCGCCUCACUCGGAGAACACGACCUCACGGCGGACGAGGAAACCGAGCAGCACAUUCCCGUGGCGGACAUCAUCCGCCACAGCCCGUACCGUUCGCCCCUCCACAGCCUGGCCUUGGUGCGCCUGGCCCGGCCGGCCCGCUUUACUCAGCACGUGCAGCCCAUCGGCCUGCCCGAUCGCUGCCCUCAGCCCGGAGAGAGCUGCAGUGUCAGCGGCUGGGGCUCCACCGUACCAAAUCAAUAUGAAUCUCCUGAGCAGCUGAAGUGCUUGAAUGUGCAUGUUGUGGAAGACCAGGCUUGUAUCAACACUUUCCCAGACUACGUGUUCUGGAGCCUGGGCAUGGUGUGCGCCGGCGGGGAGAACGCCACAGACAACUGUUUGAGCGAUGCAGGCGCCGUUCUGGUGUGCGGCGACCAGCUGCAGGGCGUUCAGUGGUUCAGACAUGGCUGCCAGAACGCGGAGCACCCCAGCGUCUACACGAAGCUCUGCAUGUACAACGACUGGAUCCGCAGAGUGAUGGCCAGCUCCACCCCGACCACGACAACUGCACGGACGACAACCUCAAAAGGCGCCAUGAAAGGGCAGGCAGGGAAAGAAUAAAACUAUCGCCCCAACGCCACAAUGUUACUCAGAGUUUUCAUCAACAGCUGCCUCGUAGCUGACGUGAACUAUCACUGAUUUUUGCAGAUUCUCUGAACCUUUUGACGAUAUUACGGACCGUAGAUGGGGAAAUCCCUAAAUUCCUCGCAAUAGUUCGUUGAGAAAUGUUUUUAAAAUGUGUCCGACUAUUUGCUCCCGCAUUUGUUCAAAAAGAGGUGACCCUCGCCCCAACCUUGUUUGUGAACGACUGAGCAUUUCAUGGGAGCUGCUUUUAUACCCAAUCAUGGCACCCACCUGUUCCCAAUUACCCUGUUCGCCCGUGGGAUGAUCCAAAUAAGUGUUUGAUGAGCAUUCCUGAACUUUCCCAG